CCACACAAAGAAAAAAUAGUUGCAAUGAUUUCACACCUCGUCCAGAAUCAAGUCUCACUGCACAACUUUCACCCAAAAACAAUUUGGUUUUACAAUGGAUACACAUUCCAUCCAAACGUGCGGAGAGCCACGGGAGGAUUUCCGUUGGAUGAAAAUCAUUUGGAAGAUAUGCUCCCAAAUUUGGAACGACCUGAGAAUGUAUUCCUUCCCUUGAUCAUUGGAGACUUUGGCAAAGAUGUAAGAAAAAUCCACACCGAUUUGUACUCCUUCAUUUUCCUCGCCAUACUCAAAACACCUUUAGAAUUGGAAGAGUUUAUCAAAAUUAACGGGAAUCGGAGGCGGGACCGUUUCAUUUUCGUUGGAAAAGAACCUUCACUGUCCAAUUUGUUUCAUUCCGAAGUUAUCAAAGGUCUCAAAGACAAAGUUGGGCUGACCAUCCCGAAGCACGGUAUGACGACUGAGCUUCUACUCGACCCCGUAAUCUACAACCCUUCCGGAGAAAUGGUCAAAGUUUCAAUUCAUGAUGUCCAGGACUUUUCCAACAUUAUAAAAGUAGGACCACUCAUGGGGCGAAAUUUGAGAGGACGCCACCUCAAAAUAACCGGCAGUCUCCUCCCCACCUGGCUGUAUCGCAUUUCGGACGACAAAUCUCCUCAAGGGUUGCAACACGACGGGUCAAACUAUCGCAUCUUUGUCGAAGCCUCGCGCAGAUUUAAUUUUACCUUUGACCUGGACGCUCCACCCGGAAAAGUGUAUGCGGCGAAACUUGCCAAUGGAACUUGGGUCGGGCAGACGGGGGAUCUUUUCUACACGGAGAGGGGUUAUACCAACUCCAUUUAUCUCGGACAAAUUUACGGCUUAUUGGACUUUGUCGAAUAUGCUUCCACCAUUGACCACGCACACUUGAUGUUUUUCGCGGGAAGGGCUAAAAUGGAAUCCAACUCGGAAAGCUUCCUCCUCCCGUAUCAGAGGGAGGUGUGGAUCAGCGUGAUUGUUGUUUAUGUUGCCAUCAUUCUCACGGUAUUUUGCCUCCUCGUGCCGAAACCAUGGAAGAAAAAUGAUUUGACUUGGAGAGACGCGGCCUACCAUGCGAUCUGUGUCCCGUACUUGGUAGCGUUAGAGCAAGCCUUAUCAAAGGUGCCGAUAAGCGUGCGCUUCAUCGUGGGGUUAUGGUUGGUCAUGACGAUUGUCACGGGGACGGGGUAUAGAUGCAAUCUGGCCUCGUUUCUCAGCGUUCCGACGAUUCCACCAGUACCGAGAACGUUCGCCGAGUUAGCUGCAGACCCAGACUAUUGCAUCAUUCUCAACAAUGUGGGCGUCCCGGAGGUGAAAUUCUUUCAGCUCAAUGAUAAUCCAACAAUUAAGGCUGUGACGAGGAGGCUGAUUUAUAAUCCGGACAGUGAUGAUUGCGCCAAGCAAGCUUUCCUCCACAAGAAAACGAUAUGCGUUGGGUGGCGGAAAAUCAUAUUGACGGCAUCGCUUGGAACAAUGACGAUAAAUACGAGACUGGACCCACUAAUUCCGUCGAAUGAUAUUGCAAUGCUGGUUCCGAUGAGUGUGGCUUUCGUCAAGGAUUCCAUCCUUGUGGACUCAAUGACUCCUAUUACAGGAUUUAUUUUUUCGACCGGGCUGCAUAAUAAGUGGACGGAUGAAGCGUACUUUCACUUCAAGAUUCUGGGGAAGGCGAAGGUGGAAAAGUCGGAUAAAGGGUCGGAGUUGUACUUGGCAUUGAAAGAGUUUGAGGACUCCAUCACGUCGCUGGGUGCACUUAAGCCGUUCAAUCUAGAAAAUGUUAUAAUUCCAUUUUAUAGUUUGAUUUUUGGGUUGUUAAUUUCCGGCAUUGGGUUUUUAUUGGAAAUUGGGUAUGCCCAUUGUUCCAGCCGUUUCUUCGACCAAACCAAGAAAGUCAGAAGAAGAAUUGUAAGCCCCAUGAACACUGAUAAGGAAAAUAAAACAAAUCUGGUUGUUUUGGGUCAAUUGGGACAUUUACAAAUAUGUGUGAGCAGUCAAUAACUGGACAUACCGAUGGGAU